GAUGUCCUAGCUCUGCUAGAGCCUCGACAGAGCUGUCACACCAUAGGAAUGCAGCGUUCAGGGUUACAGGCUCCUAUGUGCACAGCGAAUCCUUAACUUGGGGAUUUGGCAGAGGGAUUUCUCUUAACCUAAACCAGAAAAUGAGCCUGAUAUUUGCAACCUCAUUCUCUCCCUGUCCUCUCAGGAAGUACUUUUCUUUCUUUCUUUUUUUUCUUUGCUGUACCGGGGAUCAAACUCAGGACCUUGUGCUUAGGAGACAGGCACGUUGCCACUGAGCUAAAUCCCCGGCCAGAAAGUACUUUUCUUACGUCAUGGAAUGAAUGGUCCUUGAAUUGCACAGGAAGGAAACUUGUUGCACAGAGUGAAAAAGGACAGUCAGUGAAGGCUGUUUCCCCUUGGCCCACUAAAUGAAUCUGAGAAAGGCAAUGAGAAGAGAAAUUGAAACCCAUAUGGUCUCUGGCUCUCCCUGCCCUGUGCGGAAGUUGUAGGAGGAAGUGCUCUGACAUCUCUUCCUUCAAGUCUGGACACUGUGGCUACUGUCUCUGCCCCUACUACCUACCCCCCUGUAUGUUACUGAAAAAUGAUCAGACACCACUGCUCCUGCUCCCACAGGAGCACUGGGCAGGUUUGAUGCAACCAUUCACCUCUGCUGGCCUGAGCUCCAGCAUUUUUCUUCCCCGGACACAGGAGGCAUACACAGAAUACCUGAGGAGCGUUCACUACAUCUCCCAGGUGCUACUGGAGGAAGUGGAAUCAACUAAAGAAGCCUGGGAAAUAGUGGCCCCUGACACUUCAAAGAUGCUGAAGCUGGCGGAGCAGUGUCUGGAGCGGGCCCGGUCAACAGCUGCCAAGCUCGGGAAGACACGCCAGAAGCCAGCGGUACCCAUGGCUGCUACGGCGCCACCUAUUGGCCGACACCGCAGAGUGUGCUCCGAUGAAGGAGGGAAGCUCUCUCCUUUCGUGCCGCCUGAGAUCUUCCAGAAGCUUCAGGCAGUCGAGUCCCAAAACUCUAAGAAAGCAAGGGAACUGACACCACUGGAGGAGGCCUCCCUGCAGAACCAGAAACUGAAGGCCACCUACGAGGCCCGGAUGGCCCGUCUGGACCCCAGCCAGGCCACACAGAAGACGUCGCUGACCCUGUCUCUGCAGCGGCAGAUGAUGGAGAACCUGGUGAUCGCCAGAGCCCGCGAGGAGACGCUGCAGCGGAAGAUGGAGGAACGCCGGCUGCGGCUCCAGGAGGCCGCCAACAGGAAGUUCUGUAGUCAGGUCGCCUUGACCCCCGAGGAGCGAGAACAGAGGGCCCUCUAUGCAGCCAUCCUUGAGUACGAGCAAGACCAUGAUUGGCCGAAGCACUGGAGGGCCAAACUCAAGAGGAGCCCAGGGGACCUAUCUCUGGUGACCAGCCUGGUCUCACACCUGCUCAGCCUUCCUGACCACCCGAUCUCGCAGCUGCUGAAGAAACUGCAGUGUGCAGUGUACAAGGCACUGUAUCCCGUUGUGAGCCAUGGCGCUAUUGGUGCUAUGUCUGCCCCAGGAUGCUGCUCCCUGCCCUCGGAUGCUGACAGGCUGCUGGCUCCUGGGAGCCGGCGCCUCCGCUCCUCCCAGAGCCUGUACUGCAUGUUGUCACCCCCAGAGCCCAAUGUGGCCCCACAGCCCCAGGAUGGACCCCUUGACACCCCCCUACUUCUCCCCGGGACCCUGGAGAGAGGGACAGAUGGCAGCCCAGCCAGGCCCCCCUCACCCUUGGUAGAUACUUUGUCCUACCUGCCGGACAAGGACAGCUCCUUCGAGGACCUGGAGCAGUUCCUGGCUACAUCAGAGAGGUGGAGCUGGGGCUCCGGGCCACAGGUGACACAGAGGGAGCCCUUGCUGGAGUGUCUGAAGAGCACAGUGAAGGACAUUCACAAUGCCAUCGACAGGCUGCUCUCGCUGACCCUCCUGGCCUUUGAGAGCCUGAACACAGCUGCCUGCAAAGACCGUUGCCUGGCCUGCCUCGAGGAGCCCUUCUUCUCCCCACUGUGGCCUCUGCUGCUGGCCCUGUACAGGAGCGUGCACCAUGCUCGGGAGGCCGCCCUGAGCAGGAGCAUGGAGCUCUACCGGAACGCACCCCCCACAGCCCUGGGUAUCCCCACCAAGCUCCUCCCCCAGGAACCGGAGGCCAAGGGGGGUGCCAGCUACCCCUACUGCAGCGCGGCCCAGGAGCUGGGGCUGCUGGUCCUGGAGAGCUGCCCGCAGAAGAAGCUGGGCUGCAUCGUGAGGACCCUGCGGGUCAUCUGUGUCUGUGCUGAAGACUACUGCCGUGCCCAGGAGCCCACGCCUGAGGCCAGACCCCAAACCCCUGCAGCUGCCAUUGGUGCGGAUGACUUGCUGCCCAUCUUGUCCUUUGUGGUACUGAGGAGCGGCCUUCCCCAGCUGGUAUCAGAAUGCGCAGCCCUGGAGGAAUUCACCCAUGAGGGAUACCUGAUUGGAGAGGAAGGUUACUGCCUGACGUCACUGCAGAGUGCCUUGAACUACGUGGAGCUGCUGCCACAGGGGGCCCUGGGCAAGUAGAGGCUGGACCAUAGGGACAGCUCAUUGCCCGCUGAAGAUGACCCCUUGGCCUCCAUGGUGCUCUGCACUCGGUUGCCGGGCACCAAGGGCAGCCAGCUGUAGUGGACCCUUGGCCCUGGCCUCUUUCCUGGUCCACAGCUGCCCCCACGGCUCAGGGUGGCCUCUUUCUGCAGCAGGAUGGGCACGUCAGCUCCCUGUACCCUGCUGUCCCAUGCUGGCCUCUGAGGCCCUGGGAAGGAAGCCUGGAGUUGCCCACCCACAGGGGCAUUGCACAGAGGGACCAGAGUUGAGAGUGAGAGCCAGCCUCCCCUGCCUGAGCCUGGGCACAGAUCCUGCUGUUUAUUCACUGGGCAGUGGCUGCCCUGCUCGCUGCACCCCUCCCUGCCAGGACCCCCACCCUGGCUCACAGUGGCAGUGGUCAGUGAACCUUCUGGGCCCCAGCCAACUCCCACCCUGUCCUGCCCAGCCCAGGUUGGCGUGAGUUCAUGUGGCCGCCAACUGGGCCCAAAAUAAAGAGGUCACUGCAGUUUG